AUGGCGGAUCCUGAUGGAACAAACAGCCACACAAAUGAUGAAGAUUAUGAUAACGCUCAGGUGCACCUAACCGGCGCACAACUGAAAGCUUUAAUUGACGAAGCUGUCCAGGCAGCCCUGAAUCGUCAAUCUACUGCGACCUACAGCAGACUCAUGGAUACCUCAGAUACGGGAGACUCGGACACUACUGGACCUCGACCCAUGGAGUCGGACGAGAUUAUGUCAUCAGAGCACGAGGUGCAUACCUCGGAUUAUACUAGUACAGACGACGACGACUUUCAGCCGUUCGCACUACCUGACGGCGUCGAUGAGCCCAUCGUUGGUGGUCCUGCUGCGGAUCUUCCUCUCGCUGCGUCUUCUGCCGCCCCUAUGCCGAGCUUUGUUUUUGAGCAUGACGAUUUUGAGGAUUCUGACCCUGUUUUUCCUCCUGGAUUUGAUCCAGACCGUGAUAUUGAGUAUGUUCAUAUGGACCAGCAUGUAGAGGACCCUGUUGACCUUGCCGACCCUAUCGAUCCCAUAGAUCCAGAUUUUGACUUCGAUAUGGCGUUUGUCGAUCCCGAGCCUGCCGUAGCUCCAGAGCAGGCAGCUGCUUUCGAUCCCGUACAUGAGCAUGGUUUGGCGCAUGCUGAUGUUCCUGUCGAUCCUGUUCUGGCUGACCCGCCCGUUGGCGAUUUUCCUGUUGAUGAUAUUCCUUUGUUAGAUGCUGACCAUGUUGUUGAUCCUCUUGUUGACCCUCCGCUGAUCGCUGACGUCCCAGUUGACCCUCAUGUCGAUCAUGUUGAUCCUGUUGUUGCCCACGUUGAUCCUGCUUUAGCUCCUGUUGAUCCCUUACCUAUUGAGCCCGAGCAUGCUCUGAAAAUGCCACCUGUUAUAUUUCGCGGACGAGGAAGGGGUAGACGAGGCCGAGGAGAGAUCGUUACCCGUAACGAUCACGAAGCAGGACCGUCAGGUACACGACCUCCCUCAAUAACAAGGAGCGAGGAACCCCAGCGAAGAAGAGACCUGUACGAGCCAGCGAGACACUCAACCUCGCACAGUUCAACACCAUCCUACCGACACUCGUUCGGGCCAGACUCGGAGAACGACCCGAACAACCCGCAGCCUUCCUACAUUCUGCUACAACGCUCGGUAUCUACCCGUGCAUUUGGGGAUCCUACCCCGUACUUCAUAGGUCAGUUCAACCCGGCUGACUAUAUACAUGAACCUUCAGGAUUCGUUCCACUUGGUCCUCAAGACCAGUUUUCGGAAGACCCCAUGGAAGAAGACGAGGAUCCUACCGAGCCAGCGCGUGGUACGCCCACGCAUCCGAUCGAAAUCUCUGAUGGAUCAUCAUACCAUGGUCCACAAUACCAAGGCCCUGACAGCUUUAUGGCCUUGUUCGACCAGCAUGAGUGGUAUUACACACCAUCUCAGCAUGAGUCGUCGCAGCAGCAGCAACAUCAGCGAGAUCCUUCUGAGGACCCGCACUUUGAGGCAGUGACGCCACCGCCUCCCCCAGCUACUCAGCCGGUAAUACCCGAUCCGCCAAGGCGGAGAAGAUCAAACGCAAGAAUGUCUACUCGUGGAGGGGAUUUCCACUUUAGCACCCCACGACAUUCAAGUGGUAGUCAUUACCCAUCCUUACCGGAGGAAGGGCCUUCAAGCCCAGCUCACGAGGCGAACUCAGCACUGGUUGCACGUAAUUCGCCGCCAUUUGGGGACGACCGCCCGCUACCUCCAUAUGCAACAAAUUAUAAUCCAUUUGAGCCAACAUCGCGCGCGCACUACAACUACAACUACGAGCGCGACCCCUACGUGGUAGCGGCCAGGUAUGACGCCCGCUACCCAGAUAGAGCUCAAGGACCUCCAAGAGCGCCAGAUUACUCAGCUCAUGGGUAUCCCGCGCCACCAAGACCUCCAGCUCCUCAAGCACAACCACGAUUUUCUCCUCCCGAGCAAGAGGAGAUACUCCAGCGAUUAGAUCGCGUGGAGAGAGAGUUUGAGGAAGAAAAGAAGAGCCACCGAGGCUUCCUGAAGGGCUUGGCAAGCCUAUUGAAGGGCAAGAAGAAAAAGCGAGACCACUAG